CGUUACCUUUCAACAGUCGUCGUUCGUACCGCCGUUGAACCAAAACUCACUCCCAUUUCCAGUAUGAAGAUCGGUUUCAUUGGAGCUGGAAAAAUGGCCCAGGCCUUGGCAAGAGGCCUUAUUAACUCAGGACGAAUUGCCCCAGAAAACAUAAUUGCCAGCUCCCCCAAACAAGAUGUGGCUUUGCUUAACGAGUGCAAGCUUCUUGGUCUUCAAACCACUCAUGACAACACAGAGGUGGCACAUAAAAGUGAUGUCGUUUUCCUGGCUGUGAAACCUCCCCACGUUAGCAAGGUUACUUCCGAGAUCGCUCCAAUUUUGAGUAAAGAACAGCUGGUUGUUUCUAUAGCACUAGGAAUCACUAUAAGAAACAUUGAAUCGCUACUUCCUGCGAAAUCUCGCGUAGUGCGCGUGAUGCCGAACACCCCAGCUGUGGUUCGGGCAGGAGCUUCCGCUUUUGCUAUGGGUUCGGCUUGUCGAGAUGGUGACUCAGAGAUUGUGAGAGAUCUACUUAGCACAGUCGGAUUUGCCGUCGAAGUGCCCGAAGCGCACAUCGACCCGGUGACCGGUCUAUCUGGAUCCGGUCCCAGCUACAUGUUCGCUGUCAUAGAAGGACUUGCUGAUGGAGGGGUGAAGGUCGGAUUGCCUAGAGAUCUAGCCAUACAACUGGCUGCAUACACUUUGCUUGGAGCCGCUAAGAUGGUUUUGGAAACAGGUGCGCACCCCGCCCAGCUGAAAGAUGAUGUGCAAAGCCCUGGAGGUUCAUCGGUCUAUGGAAUGCAUAAGUUGGAAAGAGGUGGAUUGAAGGGCCUUCUUAUGGAUGCUGUCGAAGCUGCCACUAGUCGAUCCCGUGCCACUGGCGACAAAGCACUUCCUCGCGAUAUUAGAAAUACAGAGCAGGAGAGAGUCGAAGAGGAGAUCGACAUUUACGAGCCAAUUCGCCAAGCCUUCAGACGAUAAGCUCAAAAUCUACAAUUUGCCUGUCAACUUCUUCGUCUUGGAUUUUGCACUUGAAUUUGACUAUUUUUGGGUCUCUGUGAUAGCGGCGCCGCAUGAUCAUAAUUUCUUUUAACUUCUUAAUAAUUUUGUGAUAUUAGGCGUUGAUUAUGUGGACAAGCUUGCAUGCAUUUCUGUAAAAUAUUGUAAUGUUUUU